AGCUGAUUGCGCGAAGUUGCCUGCAAAUUGAUGCUGUCAGUCCGCUAUUGUUAUUAUUGUAAUACAGUGACUUUCUCGUGGAAAUUUUCCUUGCUCGGUGAGAUUUUAUUUCGGUAUCUCUAAUCAAAAUUCUUUUUUCGAAGCAUCUCGUCUUUUCUUCGAUAGCUCGAGCAGCGGAGAAAACUCAUCAUGGGUCUCGUGUGCUCCACAGCUCAGCUUGCGUGUUUGUGCGGAAGCACAGCUUGCAGUUUCUGUUGUUCUCAAUGUCCUUCGUGUAGGAACAGUACAAGUACUCGCAUUAUGUAUGCGUUGCUUUUAUUGUUGGGAACUAUUGCAGCCUGUAUCACUCUGUCUCCUGGACUUCAGGAUGUUCUUAAAAAGGUUCCGUUCUGCAAAACUAGUUCUAAUAGUUAUGUUCCAUCGGAUGUUACUCUCGACUGUGAAUCUGCGGUUGGCUAUCUAGCAGUUUAUAGAAUAUGUUUUAUUCUGUCUCUGUAUUUUUUCUUGAUGUCUGUAAUGAUGAUCAGAGUAAAAAGUUCACAAGAUCCACGAGCACCGAUACAAAAUGGAUUUUGGGCAAUCAAGUACCUUUUGAUAAUUGGAGGAAUUAUUGGCGCUUUCUUUAUCCCGGAAAAAUCAUUUGGAUCUACUUGGAUGUAUUUUGGGAUGCUAGGAGGUUUUCUCUUUAUAAUUAUUCAGUUAAUUCUGAUUGUUGAUUUUGCUCAUUCUUGGGCUGAUGCAUGGGUAGGAAAUUAUGAAGAGACCGAAUCAAAAGGAUGGUAUGCCGCAUUAUUAGGUGCAUCUUUCUUUAAUUAUGCUGUUUCUAUUACUGGAGUGGUGUUACUUUAUGUAUAUUAUACACAUGAAAGUACAUGUGCACUUAACAAAUUUUUCAUUUCAUUUAAUUUGAUUCUGUGUGUCAUUACCAGCAUCAUAUCAAUAUUACCGGUUGUACAAGAACAUCAUCCACGGUCGGGGCUUCUUCAAUCUUCUGUGGUAACAUUAUAUGUAGUAUACUUAACAUGGAGUGGUAUAUCAAACAGUCCAGAUGAGUACUGCAAUCCUGGUUUUCUUGGAAUAUUCUCUGGUAAUAAUAUACAAUUGGAGACAAAAAAUCGUGUCACAUUUGACAAGGAAAGUAUUAUUGGACUUAUAAUCUGGUUUAGCUGCGUUUUAUACAGUUCCUUACGCACAGCAUCUAAGUCAUCAAAGAUUACAAUGUCCGAGAAUGUGCUUGUUCAGGAUAAUGGAGCUGUUAGGAAUGCAGGAGAGCAGUCUCUUAUUGGUGGUGAAGUAGACGGACGCAAUCAUGAUGCAGAAGGUGGAAAUGAGGCCAAAGUUUGGGAUAAUGAAGAAGAAAAAGUAGCAUAUAACUGGAGUUUCUUCCAUCUUAUGUUUGCCCUCGCUACUUUAUACGUUAUGAUGACGCUUACAAACUGGUAUAAACCAAACUCCAGUUUGGAUACCUUAAAUGCAAACACUGCUUCAAUGUGGGUGAAGAUUAUUUCUUCAUGGAUGUGUUUGGCUCUUUAUGUAUGGUCAUUGAUAGCACCUGCUGUUUUCCCGAACAGAGAUUUCGCUUAAAUUUAUUGGAAGAUCCACAGCAUGUGAAACAGCUAAAACACACACAGCCUCAAUUUAGAGCUUUCUUGUAUAUCAUCUGCCUAUUGCAAAACAUACAUAACAUCUAUAAAAGAAGUUAAUUACAACUGAUUUUAUGAAUAAGUACUAUUAAGAAUAUAGAAAUAGAUAAUUAUCAUAUGUGAUAUAGCUAUUGCAUUCUAUAAUAUGUAAAGAAAAAUAUUCUUUGAGCAAUUUUUUGUAAAACAUUAAGUGUGUGUAUUAAUGUAUCUUUUUUGUUCAUAUUUAAAUGGUUUAAAAUGCUACUUUCAUUUGUUUAAACUUUUAAUAAAA